UGGACUAAGUUGUUAGAAAAGAUGUCUCAGAAUCAAUGUCAUGGGUGUAUAAAAUUGGAAGAGCACCUAAAGUCAGCUAAAGAGAUGAAGAAGCACAAAAAAGAAGUACAUGCUCUUCAGUUUCAAAUUUCUGAUGAUGCACUUCAACAGAUGCCUGAUUUUCAGGGCCAGAUAGAUGUGCCGAAGGAAAUUGGACAUAUUGAUAAAGACCUUGUUGUUCAAAUGAAAUGGCGUGUUGCCUGUGAGAUGAAUUCUGGGAAGGAGUUGAUUUGUACUGAUUGCUUGUUUGAGAACCAACUGGAUGAUGAUCUUGAACUAGAAGAAACGAUGGCAUUAAUAGGUAAGCAGGACUAUCCUAAGCUGUAAGAGGUAAGCAGCUUCUUCAUCAUUAAUCUUAUCUUAGGACAAGACACAUGCAUACAUAAUUAAGAAGAAGAAUGUUGGUAGAGUUU